AUGUUGUCGUUACAAUUGGCACAUCAGCUUCUUAAUCAAAAUGUGCUCUUGGUGGGCGCUGGCGAAGUAGCCAUGACGCGACUUCCCAAGCUGUUACCAACAGGAUGUAAAUUGACUGUAAUAGCGCCAGUAAUUCACGAUGAUAUGUGGGAGUACUUUGACAUCGACAAAGACAUUGAGGAAGAACAGCUUGUAGAUCCAGAUUGGACUCCUGAAAAGCACAAAAUAUACCAAAUUAUUCGACGUGGAUUUGGAAACACAGAUCUUGUACUUUUCGGCAAACAACCUAACCAUCGAGAUGAAAUUGACAAAUUCUUGAGCGGCGAUGAGGAAGACCAAUCAGUGCAAAAAGCAUUGAAAGAGGAUCAGAAAACUGUACCGAAUUGGCAUUUCAUCUUAACGUGCAUUCCAAAUGCCAAAUUGAGCGAGAAAAUUUAUCGUGGUGCGAAACUUGUGCUUGGUCCCAAUGUGCUGUGUAAUGUCGCAGACAAUCCGCCAUUAUGCGAUUUUUAUUUUGGCAGUAACGUCACACUGGGGGCAGAAGACGCUAGUGGGAAAAACAAACCAAUUCAAAUUUUGAUAUCAUCAAAUGGAAACUCUCCUAGAUUUACCGCUUUGCUGAAGCAGGAAAUCCAAAAUCAGUACGGUGACCUUCCGAUUGGCAAAAGUGUUGGGAAGUUGGGAUCUCUGCGAUCUCAAAUUCGUAAAGUUUCCGAAGAAACAAACCGUGGUUCAUUCAGUCAAGCGGAUUUGGUGAAAUAUCGAAUGAACUGGAUUCGCAAUUGUACAGAUGGCUUUGGAGUUUCUCAUUGUCACGAAAUCGACGUUGAUAAGACGGUGGGACUGUUUACCGAGAUGUUUGCUACAAUGAGCUUGGAUCAACCAAAUCAACAAGAAUUGUUAAAAAACUAUGUGGAGACCAGGAGCGGCAGUGAGCAGGAUAAGUCAACUCAAAACUAUAUGAAAGGCAGGAGUGGCAAAAAGCAAGAGAAGUCAACUCAGAACUAG